AUGACUGAUGAAAGAAUUUCUGAAGAAUUAACCAACGGAGACCAAUUAUAUGGUAAUAAUUAUUUAACCGCAGCAAACGUGACCAAUGCUGUUGAAAACAAUGAGAAUUACAAAAAGAAAAAAUCAUCGUCGUUUGACAGAAGUUUUUCAAUAAUUUCAAAUCAUUCUAAACGUUCAAAUGGAGAAGGGAAAUCCGCUUUCGAUUCCUUAUCGACAACUUUUGGAAAUAUCUUAGGUAGACGACCUUCUCGACAAAAUAUUAUCGUUCACAAUGAUGAUACAGUUGAACAAAGUAGUCCCAAGGAAAGAUUCGCUUCCAAUGUUGCAAUUAGUCCGGAUGGUCAAUAUGUGGCUACAUUUAAUUGUAAAAUGCUCGAAUUCAAGAUUUUUAAAUGCGAUACGAGACAUUAUUUAGAUAGAAAUAAGGAAGAAACAAUCAUCGAAAAUUAUGUAAAUAUUCCAAAUUUAAAUCGUGAUACCAAUCGAGAUUCUAAAUCAUACAAAAUACAUCAAAGUAUAUUCAAGGACUAUUUGCAAGAGGGAAAUUUAAAAAAAAAAUCAAGCAAUCUUUCCACAGAGACAACGAAUCAACAAGACAAAAGUGAAUACAGAACAUUUCCUACUUGGUCAGUUGCGAUUUCAAAUCUCAUGGAACAUAAUUAUGAACUUGUGAUGUUUAUAACAAUCUCCGCUAUCGUUGAGGGUGAUAUGAUAAAAAAAGAAAACGAGGUUCCAUUACCAAAGGUCAAAUCGUCAUUACCAGAUAAUAUAGAUUAUUCCGCGGUAGAUUUUGAUAACAACACCACAAUAAAGAAUAAAAGGAUUAAUAAACCAACUUCCAGCGAGGAUAUGCAACAGAAUACCGUCGCAGAAAUCAAAAAAGGAAAAACUGCCGUGUUUCGAAUUACAUUUAACAAGUCAAAUCCUAAUUUAAUUCAGUCCCCUUGUUUAAUCUCAGAAUAUACCGACGAAAAUAUUGCUGGCAUCGUUCUAUUUGUUCAAAGCGAUCAAACUGAUCCUGAUUUUCAAGAGGAUUUGACAAGGAAUGACAUACUUAUGAGAACAAGUUGCUUGAUUAUUAAUGCUGAGGGAAUUUUUAAGAUCCCAUAUAGUCAAAGAAGUAAUGAAAUUUUGUUUAAUUACAUUGGUACACAAACUCGAGAAAAAUUUUCAUUUCCAAAAAGGUUCGAUAAAGAAUUGCAAACGUGGUAUAGAUCAAAAAAUUGUAUGGAAAGGCUUCUUUCGUGUAUUUAUUCUCAUUAUUUUCUAAUCGAACAAUACAAGGAUGGAGUCCAAACAUGUGAAUUAAUAAAUUUAGUAGCAAUGGAACAAGAACAAAUAUUUUCUAGAUAUGAAAAUUCUGGAUCUCAUAGUUUAAUAAAUUUGAAUAUCACUUCGGUUUUCGCAAUUUCAAAUAAUCGUCAACUUCUCGCAUUUUCCAAAGGUCUGAAUUCUGUCAAUAUCAAUUAUAUUGAAAAUGGUCUUGAAGUUGGCGUAAAAUCGUUUGGAACUGACUGUAAAAUUACAUUUAUAGAAUUUAUCGAUGAUGACGAAAGGAUACUAUUAGUUACUCAAGAAGAAAUUUAUGAAGAAGUUUCAGUCGAGAAAUUAUUAGAUAAAGAUAAAAAGAGUGAAAUUAAAAGCAAGAAACCCAUGGAAGUAGUAAGAAAAGUUACAAAAAUUAUAAUUUGGGACUUGUUUAGUUCGUCGGAAGAUGCAAUUCGUAUAGGACCUUGUGGUGAUUUGUUUCCCGCACGAAAAGAUUAUUAUUCACAUUUAGCCAAAGUACCGGGGCAACUUUUAAGAAUGAAAAAUGACGGAACUGUAUAUUCAAUCCUAAAUCAUGAUGAUUUCUUAUUUCAUGUAGCAGGGGAAGAGAAGGAUUUAACACAAUCUUUUGGUUGUACGUUGUUUAAAUCUGGAAAUGUAACUUGGAAACAAGCCGAACAAAUGCCGAUGCAAUAUUCAAAGCAAGAAAUGCACUCAAAAUUACAUAAAAUCUUUCGACGUCAAAAGCCAAUUAAGCAGUAUAAUAGGCCGAUCAUUGAAAAUACAGAACCAUGGGUGGAUUCUGAUAAUUAUUGUAGACAGUCAAUUUAUUUGGAUGAACAAGAGACAUUACAACUCAUUAUAGGACAUAGCACAGUACAAAUUUGGCGCAAAACAUCAAAGUUUGACAAAAAGGAUAAAAAAGUAAAGUUUGCAUCUACCUCAAGAUCAGAACCUAUCCUUGAAUAUGUUUGGACAAAUGGCAUUGCUUUGGAAUAUGAUUGUGACGAUUCAGCAUUACAUAUUCAAGAAUUAUGGAUAGGAGAUAGCGCGUUUUCACUUACCCUCGUAUGGGAUGAUGGUGAAAAGGUAGACAUGAAACAUAUUCGCUGGCCAUAUCCAGAUGGCCAAGUAUCUGCUGUGAGACAUGCGUGUGAAGCACUGGAACAUCUAAACAUUCGAAAGAGAAAGUUAAUUGAUAUAAAAAAACAAUAUCAAUAUGAGGAACUAAUUGAAGGCACAAAUCGCAUCAUUUGGAGAUUCAUUAAAAAGAGACCAGAGGUCUGGAGACUAAUGGAUAUUCGAUUUAAUGUGAUGGCUAAUUUAAUUAAUGGUGGCGCUACCUAUUUGAUUAAGUUUAUACUUUUUGGUGAAGAAUCUGAUGAAAUUAUAAAAGAUAAAAAGCAUUCGAAAAAACAUGAAGCAAAUAAAAAUAAAAACAAACUCUACAAUAAUAAAUUGACAUUACAUAUACCAAGAACAAAAAAAUGGUUGAAUGAUGAUCCAAUAUUAAAAAAAGAGUGCCAUCGUAAACCUUUUAAGAUCUUAAAGGCAUUAAUUUAUCCUUUGAUAUGUCUUUUUAAUAUAUUUACUUUUGGAUUCUAUAAACCAAAAGAUGAGCCCAAUGACAAAAAGGGCAAACAGGUAGAGGUUCAUAAUACAGACUUGGAAUGUGCAAUCGAAUAUUGCAAAGGGAAAGAAAGGAAAGAUGCAAUCAUGGUUGGAUAUCUGUUAGAAUAUUAUUCGGAAAAUUCAAUUCAUCAUUUUGGAUGGAUGAUUACAAUUUCAAAAGCUCUGCCAUUAUUAUAUAGAAACAAUUUAGAUUAUUAUGUGAAAGCAUUACUUUAUAAAGAAUGUUUCGCUGAUAUGGAAUUAGGAACCGAAUAUGACACUACUGAGAUAAUUCCUGAAGAACGAAGGCCUCGAAGAAAUAGAGCUCAAGAUUUUGUCGCAUUCAAGCCGAUUACCAAACUAACAUCUGAUCAAAAUAACAAACCAGCACUUCAAAUACUUUGGGAAUUUGCCACAAUUAAAUUACCAAGAUAUUAUACGGAUUUUAUUGAUAAUUUCGAUGUUGAUCUAGAGCCUCCACCUAUAGCUUUAAGAGUUGUUCCGUUACCAAAUUUCACAGUUGAUAAUAUUCCAAAACCAGUUGUAAAAUAUAAUUGGAAAUCAAAUUUAUUAAGAUUGUUAAAAAUUCUUAUAAUUCCUCGAGGAUAUACAAUUGGAAGAGAUGAUAAAAGAUUGUUAAGUCCAUUUGUUCAGGUAGUUAGAUAUGAAAUGGAGAAUGAUAUAUUCGAUAAUCCGGCAAUGGAAGCUAUUAUUGAUUUUAGAUGGAGGCCAGCAAGAAACUACUUUCUACAAUUAUUUGCAGCAUUUUUCGCAUAUGCUGUUUGUUUUGGAAUAAUUAGUGCAGCUUAUAUGUCAAACUAUGAAAUUACAGGAGGUUUGCAAGUACUUUUAAUACUUGUAAUGGCAUGCUUUUACUAUUUGGCAUAUUAUCUUAUAGCGGUUGAAGUUUUGCAACUAUUACAUCACGGAUGGAGAGAUUAUUUGAGUAUAAUUAAUAUGUUUGAUAUAUCCGCAGUUGUUUGUCCCGCAAUUGUCAUGUCAAUAUUUGUGGCCAGUUCUUUUGAACUUUCAGAUGGUUUCGGUAAAGUAGAAACUAGUACCGGUGUUGUUGUUGGAAUAUCUUUUACAAUGCUAUUAAUCUGGUGUGAAAUGGUAUGUAAACAAAUAAUCAUUGAAGAUGUUCUUUGA